CUCUCGCAGGGGUGGGCGACAGAUCCGCUGCGUGCGAGACACCCAAACAAAAGAGUUGUCGAUCAGAUUUGAUCGCCAAAAUGCCGCAAGUAGUUCAAGGCCUCAAUGAAGAAGAUCUAUCUGAGAGCGUGGAGGCGCUUCGUCAACGCCUUGACGCUAUGAAGCGCCUAAUGGCGCAGAACGAAAAAGCACAAAAUCGUGCUGAAGGUGGACUCAUGGGUAAAAACGAGAAGAAUAAAAAUGCCGACUCCAUUAUCGAUGCAAAUUUCCUCAGCGUCGUUUUCGGGGUUGUUCUAGUGCUCAUCAUAUCGGUCUCAAUUUACGCUUUUUACAAUUUGUACUUUGCUGUGUUAAAAAAGUUCCCAUCAAGACCCCACACGGAACUUUAAUAUAUUUCAUAUAUUAUAUUUUACAGCAUACAUCAUAUGACUCAAGUAUCUUAAUUAAAACAUAAAAAUCGUUGUCUUUUUAGAGCGGUAUAAAAAAAAACAGCUUGAGAGAUUUCGCAAUCCGCAAUUAUAUUCAAACUUAAAAUUUCAGAUAAAUUAAUUGUGUUGGAAAUCUGCUAAUUCCAAAAUAAAUUAUUAGUUUAUUGAUCUCAUUGUCAUUUUAGUAGUUUAAGCGUUGUAAAAAAUUACAACAAAAUUUGAUACGCCGAAAAAUCAACCUUUCCAAUAUCCAUGUUAUUCCAUUAAAAAAAAAACGUUUUCCUUAAUAUACAAGAAAAUGUUAACAUUUACUCAUUUAGAUUUAAGAUUUAACUAUAAAAAUAAAUAGCAUAGAAUUAAGAUAUAUUCCUUAUAUUGCCAAAUUACGUCAGCAUGAUUAUUUUAAAUGACGGCAAAUUAAAAUGUAUGUUUUCCGGGUUUUGUGCCAAAUGAUCUGUGAAUUCUUCAAAUGUGCCAAAUGAGAAGAAGCAGAAGAAUAUACAACUGUUUUCUGGAUUCUAUAGAUUAUAAUGAUGAUAACUUAUGGAAAUAAAUUUCAAUUGUA